CUGGCGCAUUCAUAGCUUUAGAUUAUUUGCUUCAAGAGAGUGAAUCACUUCGAUCAGUUGAUGUUUUCAAUUGCAUUUUGAAGCUGAGGGGACAGAGAGUAGAUAUGGUGCAAACAUGUGAUCAAUAUAUCGUGGUGCAUAAGCUUGUUUUGGAGAAUUAUUUAUUUGGGAAAACGGAUUUGGAAUCGGAAAAAUUCAAUAGCUUUCUAACCAGAGUUACUUCGGAUAUUAGUAUAUUACAAAAACAGUUCAACGAUUUGGCCAAAAUUGGGCCAGUGAAUCAGACAAGACAAGGGCAAUUGGCGAAACAACCUGAGAUGAACAGAAAUAAGGAAGUGAUACCUUUUUCACGAACGAGCAUUGUGAUAGUCCGCAAUCCGACCGAAGCAGAAACCCCUUGCCUGAAUGCAUCGAAUAUGGAAUCAUACGAUAACGCUACAAAAUUAAUUGCUGCUCAAGGUCCUUUACAACAGACAAUUGGUUUCUUCUGGCGUGCAAUUCUCGACAACAAUAUCAGCACCAUAGUGAUGCUAACGGAGUGCAAAGAGAAUAAAAAGGAACAAUGCUUUCCUUACUGGCCCAGCGACAACGAGAAAGAUCUCGUGAUUAAUGAAAUUACCAUUCAUUUAAAAUCUGCCAGUACUGAAAAUGAAAUCACCAGACGUGAAUUACGUGUAACCAAAGAGGAUGAGGAAAAGGUAAUCAUCCAAUACCAAUACACUGGUUGGGCGUCGAACAAAUGUCCUGAUGAUGCUACGGCAGUACUUGAGCUGAUAGAGAAAAUGCAAUCCAGCGUGAGAAGGGAUAAAAAUUCUGCUGUUUUGGUUCAUUGCAGUGACGGGGCAGGAAGGACCGGAAGUUAUUGUGCAAUUAUUAAUCUAAUUGAGAGAUUGAAAUGCGAGAGCAAUAUCGACGUCUUCAGAACUGUCAAAGAUCUGAGGGAUUGCAGACCAGGGAUGGUGCAGACAUUGGACCAAUAUAAAUUCUGUUUUGACGCCGUGUCGGCUUAUCUGUCCUCAUUCAAUCUUUAUGCCAACUUCAAUGUCGACAACAAACCUUCAACAUCAACGAAAGAAGAAAAUUUGUACGCAAACAUAUGACAUUUUAGAAAUGCCCAUGAGGAAAAAUUAAAAUUUGCAAUGUUUGUUUAUACGAAGAUUGGUUACCGAGUAGUUGUACAUGACAACUUCCUAUCACAAAAAAUUGACAAUUUUAUUUUCUGUUCCUAUAAUCCCAAUUUUAUUGUUCACUAAUCAAUAUGUAUGUAUAUACUAUUAUACGUUAGUUAACUUUGCAUUUAAUUUUAUUUUCGCAUUUAAAUGACCUUGGCAUCCCCUUGGUGUGUACUUGUAAUGACUGCGAUAGCUUCAGUAGUUAGAGAAUCCUAAAAAUAAGUAUUUGUACAACUACAUCUAAUUUAAAAAUAUAAUUAGCACAUUUUAUUAAUAUAAAUAUACAGUAGGAUUAGCACCAAUAUAUAUGUUGAAAAAAAAAUUAAAUUGUUUAACUGUAAUGGUAAGAGGAACAAAAUGCAUGAAUUCGUGCAAUCAGUUAUGGUUAUAGGUAUAAUUUUAGGCGUUGUACGCUGCGAAUGCAUGUCAAUAAAUGAAAAUGAAAAAAAUUGAAUUAUUCUUUUAGGCUAAGUUUAAACUAAUUUCUGUCAAUUUUGCUGUCCAAAACUAACCAUGCCACUAUAAAUUGAUUUUGCUGCGUAUUAGAUAUUGUAAAAAUGUUUUAACAAGUUGAAAGGCCUAAAUCUAUACUUGCAAAAUAUAAUCUACAGUUCUAGAUGAAUUGUUGAAUAGCCAAUGAUAUAUUUAUGACAUGUUCUGUCUUCUGUCCUCAUGUCAAGUUUUUUCUAUCAAUUCGUCAAUCGUGCAGAAAUAAUAUUAAAUAUCAGCAUAUCAGAGUGGCAAAUUCUAAAUCGGUGGGUAGUGUGUGUACCAGGUUAGGGUUACGCCAUAAUUUCAUUCUGAUUUUCCUUAUUUUAGUUCUAUUACGAGUUCGGGGACUGUUUGUGUUAGCCAAGUGAAUGUACAUCUGCCCAUAGGCUACCGUCUCUGUACACAACUUGAAGUAAAGUAGGCAAACGAAAUUAGUUACCUCCAUAUUGGUACAUGUACUUCAGGAGCGCCAAUCAGUGUAUAUAAAUUAGAGUAUAUUCUUCGAGUUCGAAACCUAAAUUUUAUUGAGAUAAAUUUGUACAUUCUUUAACCACUUUGUUCCAACAUAACUUCAGAAUGAACUGCUUGCGCGUAUCUUUAAUAACGCAAACACACAAUCAGUAAUAUACGCGCUGAGGUAACUCUAACAACACCAUAAUUUCGAAAAUUCAAAUUGCAUAUUGAAAAAAGAAACAAUUUAUAUAAAAAAAAUUAAUCAUACCACCGUCGCCAUCUGCAAUUGCGCUAUAUAAUUAAUUACCAGACAUUCACCAAUUACCAACAUGAUGAAAGUAACUUUAAAUGAAUAUUGUAUUAUUUAUGAUGGUGGUGUAAAAUGUAAAUGAUAUUAUAAAUAUUUAAUAAUAAUAAUUUUUCUCUUCUCAUAUUUAAAUACUAUUCAAUAUAGUCUUAUUAAGGUAUGUAUUAUUUUAUGUGUGGAAUUUUUCACUUAAAUAUUGCUUUUCCCCGAUAUUAUGUAUAUAUAUUAUAUUAGUUGCUAUGAAUUAUGAUGUAAACAAUUUUGUUUAGUAGGUAUUUGCCUUUUUACAUACAUAUAUGUGGGUGUGUUCAAUUGCAAAAAUUUGGUCUGUUGCUUAUGUCAGGUUUAUUUAUUACAUUUCACAAACUUUAUAAAGUAAUUUGUAAUUUUAUUUUUACAAGUCAAUUCAAACUACAACAUGCAGCGAUAAUUUAGUUUUGGUAUUGAUUUACCAAUCCAAGCCAGUAAUUUUUCGGUAAUUCACCCUAGAGAAAAAUAUGCCUGCAGUUUAUGUGAUAUGUUGUAUUGGUGUAUUUUACAAAUUGUCGAAGAACUUUAAAAAAAUAUAUCGAUUCUCACCAUUUUAGUCUUCAUGGUCUGGAAUACUAAUGUUCAUUAUGUAUUUGUUGUUACAUAUUGUAUUUGUUGUUAAAACAUAUUGUUGCUUCAAUAAGUG